AUGAGCGCUGAGUUGGCCUCACAUUCACUACAAUUGUGGCCACAGUUGAUGUCAACGGCGAUGUCUAAAGUGGACACAAAUGAGCGCAAAGCGAGUGGCAGUCAGAAGCAAUCGUUGGCCACCAGGAGGUCGACAUCGCCGGUGAAGCUCAAGGUUAAGACAUUGGGUCCGGUGGUGAGGGGCAAGAGUCAACGCAAACAACUCAAUGGAUUCACGAGGUCGACAUCGCCGGUGAAGCUCAAGGUUAAGACAUUGGGUCCGGUGGUGAGGGGCAAGAGUCAACGCAAACAACUCAAUGGAUUCACGUGUAAAGAAUGCGAGGACUACUAUAAGACCCGUAAUCUGAGCGAAGAGGGUCUGAAGGAGCGCCUGAAGGCCUGUUCGCGACACCGGAGCCAACACUCGCCGCCCAAAAGUCCGGAACACUUCUGGGAGACUCACUUCCCCACCACUCCUGAGUGCAUCCGAAGAGGUAUAUUCAAUGUGGAGAACGUGUCGCCAAAGGGCGCAAAGAGUGGUAAAAGUAGUGAUAAGAAGUGCGCGAAAAGACUUUCCGACGAUUUCUGCGAAGUGAUUGCUGUCGUCAACAAAGUUGAGUCCAAAACCAGUGCCACAAGAGAUCAGUGAAACGCAUCCGUAAACCAAUUGUUCAUUAAUUCAUUACUCGUUUGUCUAUUUCAUGUUAAUUAGUGAUUAUUUCCGAGUAUUUUAAAUAAUUUUUAUUUAUAUCUCAAUUGAAAG